AUGACUGCCAUCCAGGCGAUCUUCAUACGUGGGUAUGAAGAGCGGACGACACCCAAACCACACACCGUCUACCACAUCGACAUCCAGGCCCAUGUACGAUCAUGGCAAAUGUGGCGGCGCUACUCCGAGUUCGACGACCUACACACAGAGCUCACGAAAGCCGCUGGAUCACCCCCUCCUGCCCCCCUUCCUCCUAAACACAAGUUCUCCUUGCUACGAUCGCAUACAGAUACCAAACUAUUAGACGAGAGACGGACAGGUCUCGAGGCGUACCUACGCGCCAUCCUCAGUGCGAAGGAGGACAAGUGGCGAGAGACCUUCGCAUUCAAAGACUUCCUCGGGGUCCCCAUCGGGCGGCAAGCAGACGUCGGAGGGGCGCCACCAUCGAGCUUCACAUCGACAACAUGGCUCGACGAGCACGCCGAGCUGCAGUCGCGCCUACGGGACGUCUGGGCAGACAUCAACAAGCGCGACGCCCUUUCCGACCGCGGUGACGUCGCCGCUGCGCACAAGAGCAACGUCGGGGCCAAAUCCAAACUGGCCGGAGUGCUAUCGCGGAUUGGUAAUCUUGGGAAGGGUCUCCAGGAGCUGGCGCUAGCGGGGAUGAGCGAGGGUGAGCUGCAGAGGAGGACGGAUAUGGUCGCGCGACUGCAGGACGACUGCGAGAAACUGAGCAAGGUCGUCUCGGUGGCGAGGCAGUCCAGUGCGCGGGCCGCUGCGUCAGCGGUAGCUGCAAGAGCUGCAGUGCCCCCGCCGGACUCCGAUCGAGAGGCACUACUCGGAGCUGCUGCUGCGAAGCCGGCUAGGAGGGUAUUCGGUGCCCCAGCAAAGGAGAAUGAAGUCACUCGUCCCCUGGAUAACGUUGGCCUGCUCGGUUUGCAGCAAACACAAAUUCAACAACAGGAUAACCAGCUUUCACAGCUGACGACGAUCCUGCAGCGGCAGAGACAGCUUGGAGAGGCGAUCGGACACGAAGUCGCGUUGCAGAUCGAGAUGCUAGAUGAUCUAUCGAAUGAAGUCGACCGCGUCGGAGGAAAGCUGCACAACGCUAACCGGCAACUCAAUAAACUCUCAUGA